CGCGGGCGCAUUUGUGGGGCGGGCGGCGGACGAGGUGCGGAGCAGCGGGGGCAAGUGGAGGACGUGCGGAGCCUGGUGUCGGGCGGCGGGAGCCGGUGAGGUCAGAGUCCCGCCUCUGGGCCCGCGCAGGAGGGCUGGCGGUGGCGGGGCCGGGCGAGGCCACGAUGAAGCCGAGCGGCGAGGACGCGGCGGCGCCCGCGGGGGGCCCCUGGGAGGAGUGCUUCGAGGCGGCCGUGCAGCUGGCGCUGCGGGCGGGACAGAUCAUCCGAAAAGCCCUUACUGAGGAAAAACGUGUCUCAACAAAAACAUCAGCUGCAGAUCUCGUGACAGAAACGGAUCACCUUGUGGAAGAUUUAAUUAUUUCUGAAUUGCGAAAGAGUUUUCCUUCACACAGGUUCAUCGCAGAAGAGGCUGCAGCCUCUGGGGCCAAGUGUGUGCUCACCCACAGCCCAACCUGGAUCAUUGACCCCAUCGACGGCACCUGCAACUUUGUGCACAGGUUCCCAACCGUGGCAGUCAGCAUCGGGUUUGCUGUUCACCAGGAGCUUGAAUUUGGAGUGAUUUACCACUGCACAGAGGAGCGGCUGUACACGGGCCGGAGGGGCCGGGGUGCCUUCUGUAAUGGCCAGCAGCUCCGGGUCUCCGGGGAGACAGAUCUCUCAAAAGCCUUGGUUCUAACAGAAAUUGGCCCCAGACGUGACCCUGCCACCCUGAAACUGUUCCUGAGCAACAUGGAGCGGCUGCUCCACGCCAAGGCUCAUGGGGUCCGUGUGAUUGGAAGCUCCACCUUGGCGCUCUGCCACCUGGCCUCAGGGGCAGCAGACGCUUACUACCAGUUUGGCCUGCACUGCUGGGACCUGGCAGCUGCCACAGUCAUUAUCAGAGAGGCAGGCGGCAUUGUGAUGGACACUUCAGGUGGACCCCUUGACCUCAUGUCUUGCAGAGUGGUUGCUGCUGGCACCCGCGAGAUGGCGAUGCUCAUAGCUCAGGCCUUACAAACUAUUAACUAUGGGCGGGACGACGAGAAGUGAGAGGGAGCAGAUGCAGAGCAACGCGGCUGAAGACCAUGCUGGCUUUCCUGGUUGCUGUAGGUGGCGGCGCUCCCUGGAGAGGGAGCUGCCCCGUGGUCUGCAUGCUGAGCCACAGCCAGGUGUCUCAUGCUCCUUUCUGCCUGCCCCAGAGGAGUUGUUAUGCCCAAAUGGGUGGCUAGCCUUUUAAUCUGCGCCUCUUUCACUGGGAUUUGGUGUCUAGCUGGUUUCUCUCUUUAAUCUCACGUAGGCUUUUUCAGGUUAGUACACGUCCUUCUGUCAGGGCCAAAACCCAGCUUUCGUAUGAGGUAUAUAUUGAUAAUCCAGUCUUGAUUUUUUUUUUUUUUUUUCAAAAUGCAAAUCUCAGGUAAUAAGGCUUUAGAUCUGCUGAUAAAGCAGGCUCAUUCUCAGGCCCGCCCUGUGGUACUUCAGAAUGUAAUAAAUGAAGAUAACGGUACUCUGCUGGUCUGGUCCCUCCAUAAGUGUGUCUCCUGCCUCCCAAACAACCCUCAAAACCCCGGGCUGCAGAUCGAGGCUGCGCGGAAGCAGGUUAAACCCAAAGUGGAUGGGCGCAGCUUGUCCGCUCCUGUGACAAGCACUCUGCAAACUCCCUCAGCAAUUGUCAUGUUAGCAUUCAAAAUCCAAGAUGUGGACAGACUGAAGGACGACUAAUAGUUCAAAAGUGGUCUCUGAAAUGCUGCUGUUUUUGUGACCAGUUUAAAGAGAAAUUGUAAUAUUGAGGUGGAAUUAUAUGUAAGAAUAAUUCUAAUGAGGGUAUUAACUGACCAGCCAGGUAUCUUUUCUGAAGUUUAAAAACUGAGAAAGUCAGUCGUAAGACAGAAAAUUCCAGCUGCGCUUAACUUUUUCUCUCAUCUUCCUAAUUUGCCGUCAGCAAACAGAGUAUUUGGGAGCCCCCUGGUGUCUGCUGUCUCUGGCUCCCCAGCACUGAUUGCGAGGCAGUGUCACUUGCGCCCAGUGGACCUCAGAGUGCUCCACAAGUCCCCAGCUGGCCCACGGCCUCUGCCCUGGCCACUCAGAACCCCCGCAGGCAGCUCUCCCAGGCUGAGCCGCUGAGAACAGGAGACUUGAGAGAGCAUUUCCACACAGGAUUGUUCUCGGGAAUAAAUACCCAAGUGCCUUAUUCCACCUCCCCCAGGUAGCUUUUGAUAAGUUUGCUGUCUAAAAGAGGGAACUGCCUUUUCUGCUGUGAGCCCCCAACGGACACACAGCUCAAGGGCCUGGACGUGUGAUGACUUGGGUCUCAUAUAGGACUAAUCAGCCCGAGGCCCAGUGAUCAUGUGGGCCUCCUGCUAUUGGUCACUACAGGGACAUGUCAGACUGCACACAGGACCACAGAGGUUCAGGGCCUUGUGCCUUCUGAGCCCCCAGCCCCUCUACACCCUUCUGACUAGCAUCCAGCCUCCCUUUGAACCCCCAGUUGAGGCAAGUCAGUCCUCCAGAGACUGCUAUCCCACACUAGCAUCUUUCAUACCAUGAGAAUGUCUCACCUGUGUGGAACCUGGAGUGUCCCUAACAACUUACAGCUCCAUUCCGAUUUUAACCGUGAGGUCCAUAAAUGAUGGUGGUGUUGGAGAUUGAUACAUGGGUCUUCCUCUGCUGUUCUCCAGGUGUGGCAGCUCUGCUCCCCUCCCUGACCUCAGGCUUGAUCUCAUGGCCCCUGUGGAGGGUAAGACAGCCCUGCACUCCUCCCAAAAGCCAGUCCAGGUUCCCAUUUGCUUUUUGGUCAUGCAUGUCACCCUGUGUUUAUACCCGGAGCUAACCAGAGCCCCUAGUAUGCAUGGCUGUGAGGACACACUCUAUUGUGUGGCCUUGAGUGGCUGGACUCUAAAGCCACAUGCAGGACGUGUUUGGUCCACACUGCCCAUCCCCUGUGCCCAUAGCUGCAGCCUGUCAGGAUCUUUUGGCAUCCCAGUGCUCUUCUACAGGCUGGUGGCAGUCUCUGGGGCUUUUAUCUACACGUUUGCUUGGCCUGCCGGCAAGAGCUCUUAUUCAAAUUGGGAAAAAUACUGACAGGCAUCCAGAGAGUCACUGAACCCUUCCGCACUCGCUCAAGACCUCUCAGUGCUUGGGGAUCUGCUACCCGCUCAGAGUGGCCUUUUAGCCCGGUGUGGAGCACCCCAGCUUACUGCCAGUCGCCCACGUUUCUCUGUGUCACGCACAGGAGAUGAUGUGAUCUUUACAGAAGUCCCACUGAAACUGAGGGCCGUGCCAUCUAUACAGCAUCUGCUAGCCACAUGUGUCUACUUAAGUGAAUUAAAAUUAGAUUAAAUUAAUCUUAAAACCCCCUACCUCAAUGGCACUGGCCAUAUUUCAGGUAGUCAGUACCCCUGAGGAUGGUGGCUGUUGGGCUGGGCAUCGCAGAAGAAGUGCAGAUAUCUCCAUCGUCUCCAGAGUUCUGUUGGACGGCACAGCAUAGAGUGGAGCUCUUCAAUAAUCUGCUCUAAAAUCUGGAUUUGUACAUGACAGUCCAACCUCUCUUUAAUGGAAUCUGCGUUCUUCCUGGUUUUUGUCAAUCUGCAGUCUUCAAAGAUGCCCUGUAGCAGCCUUGCCCGCAAGGUCCCCCAGUGUCCACCACUGUGCUAUCACAUUAGGUCGCAAAGAGCAAGAUCGAAAGGACCUUAGGCCGGGUUGGGGCCAGAGCAAGUGAUGAGCCACGUUAUCACACAGAGCAGAUGAGAACCGUGGCAUUGCAGAUAAUCCAUGAUUCCGUAAGGACAGUCUGAAAGGGAGACCUCACGAGGACGGACGGAAGCAGAGGGGCAUCAAGCCCAGGCUGUGGUGGGGGCGGGGACGGGCGAGGAGCUGGGGGCGGGUGGUUGUGGGUUAGCCUGCACCCCGGGGUGGAACUGGCAGGGGAGAGCAGCCUCUUCUCCCGUGGGCAGCUGCUCUGGGCUGCUGCCCUCGCCCCUCCUGGAGGCCAGGCCGACCGCUGCGGUAGAAAGAACGCUGGCUUGGGAGUCAGCGAACACAGUCCCACCCCGAGCUUCUUGCUGUCUGACCUCCUUCAUGGGCUGGGGCAAAAGAGGGGCACGUGGAUGCCCGGCACUCAGCGUGCCCUCUUCACCAGCAUGCAGAGCCUUGGUUUUGUAGCUCCCGGGCGACUUUGAGAACCAGGAUCGCUGAGUGCCCAGCUGCGCAUCCUGACUCAGUGCAGCAUACAUUCAGGACACUUGGACAGGUGCUCAACAGACGCUUCAGGAAUACAGCCAACUUGAUCAGCCAGAGAGUGGCAGAGGAUUUUUUCCCUGAGUUCUGUUUAUGCUAAAACAGCUUUAGAACAACAUCAAAAGAAUUUUUUGUUUUCGCAUAAUGCCAAUGGACUAGCACCUAUGCCUUCCCAGGCCUUCAUCCUGCUUAUCUGUCAUGUAGAAAAGGGCACUUGCUAAGACGCUGUCCUACAUCUGAGACAGCUUUGAAUGGGCCGGAUCCCACCUGAUGAGGAAUGACUUCCGGGGGGGGGAGGCGCCUCUAGUGCCAGAGUCGUUCCAAGGAGGCAGAGGAGAUUCUUCUUGGGCUCCUGCCUUUUGCUAUGGGAGCAUGUGCUACUACUUCAGGAGCUUCUGAAGUCACAGAGAAGACAUAACCUGAGCACUUGGGAGUUUGGGACUUUUCUUCAAGAGUGUGAAAAUCACCUGGACUGAUAUCUUAUUCAUCCUUCCAACAAAUGGCAUGUGUAACACACAUAUGUUAUGUAUUACAAGCAGUGUUCCAAAUUAAUCUGGGGCAACCAAAAUAUGUAAGCAGUUAGCUAAGAUUUUCUGAAUGAGGUUCUAACAAAUUUUGAAGAUUAGUGAUAUAAAUGAAAAAGGUUAUUCCAGGUGAGGGAACGGAGCUGUGUAGCUUCCUAGAGGGACAGCGAGCAGGACAGGGCUGGGACGACAGACUGAUGGAGCAAGGGGAUGGUCACCUGCAUUCCAGAGGCAGUCAUGUGAGCGAGUAAGGCACUUUGUAGAUGUGAUUCUCUUAAGCUGUGCAGUUUCAUCACUUAAUUUGCUCAGUUUUUCAUAGGAAAGAUUAUGCUUACUUUUAAAAAUUGUUUUUUGAGCCCUUGAAAGUUACCUCUCCCUGUUGAGUCUCCCUGCCAUCUUCACAGUGACACGCUGUUCCCCUCAGGUGCUGGACACAGUUAGGCUGAUGCUUAGGAACUUGGACGUGAAACUCCAAAUGUGUACAAGAGGGGGUCUUUCUCGGCUCAAUAAGGAACCUAGAGAAAGCCUUGUAGCUCAGUAGGCUUUAAUUAUGUGAGGAGCUCCAUGCUUUAUAAAAUGCCAGGGGCAAAAAUAAAUGUUAAUAACAUGUGGCGGGUUGUACUUAAAGUACAGCCGUUCUGCUGUCCCUGCAGCGAUGGUGGCCAUUCUAAGUCUGUGUUAUGUGAAGGCGAUGGUUAAUAAAAGCAAGCAAAACCCACCUGCCCCCUCAGUUUUCUGUGCACUCUGAAACACUGCUGAGAAGGCCAGGACAGACACUGAUGUUCACACUGGCGGUUUAUCAUCCGUGCUCGGUCUAGAUGUUCUGGAAAAUGUUGUCUGGAACUCUGACAGUGAUAACAAUUUAAAAAUAUUUUUUUCCUAAACAUCAGUCUCAUGAUUAUGAAAUCUGUAGGCUUUAUUUGCAUGUACACAUGGAUAAUCAUUAGCCAUUUUAUAUACUGCCUUUAGUGAACCUAUUAAGAUAGUGAAGAUACCACUGAAAUGAAGUUAUAAGGGAGCCUUCUUUGAAAUCUCCAUGUAUUGGAAGGAAAAAAAUUUAGAAGCAACACCAAAAUAUGAUAAAAUUUGUAUGACUUUGACCAAAAUUAAUAUCUUUUAGGCAUGCACUUGCAGCUUUGAAAACAUUGAUGUGGAUUAUUGAGCAUAAACUUUUAAUGCCUAAAAAUUUGGAGGAAAAUGUACAGAAGUGUGGGUAGCGCACUGCACAAGGAGCAGCAUUCUGGUUCUGAGCUGAGGUGGUGGCUCUGCAGUAAUCAGUCAUGUGACCGAAGCCCCAGAUGGUACCUGUAACAUUUGUGUAUUGAAGAUCUCCCGAGCUCUUUCCAGAUUCUUUCCCCUUAGCCUGUGAACCUGGUAAAUGCUAUUCAUUGCCAAAGUCACUGUCAGGAAGAGAGAGUUGUGCAUUUUCCUGCUGUGAUAGUGAAUAAAUUUUGUUUUUAAUUAA